AUGGUUACAGCACCCGUGUGGGCCUACAUGGAAGUCAGCUUUUCCAGACAGUGGGUGUUACUCACUAUAUUGCUAAACAGAGCUGUCUUCGAGGUGUGGCUGCACCUGAUCUCUGGGCACACACAUGAUGUUUAUCCAUCACACUUCUCCGCCCUGGAAAAGGUUACUGUAGGUGCGUCUCCAGCUCUGCCGGUGCACCUGCUGCGUUAUUCUGCCAUGACCGAGGAACUCAUAACCUGCGAGUUAACAUCCCCGUCUUCACCGACUGGCUCGGAGAACACUUUGGAUGUUGCGAAAAGUAAGCCGAUGGAUUUAGAGCAGCCUAUUUUCUCCGUGUUGAGCGGCGGUGGGAAGCAGCAGCAGCAGCCGGCGGAUGGGGACACCACGGUGACACCGGCUGCGAAAACCGCGGACAUGGAGUCCGGGAUCUUCUCCGGGGAAUGUGAGAUGUGUGUGCAGCAUGAGUCCGAGUUGGACUGGUUCUGUGGCACAGAGCAAAGACUCAUCUGCUCCCACUGUGCUGUCGUGGGCCCCUGCAACGGACACACUGUGACCCCUGUGGCCACCAGAGUAACCGCAGUCAGGAACCAUCUGGUAGAUGUGUGUGAGAAAAUGCAGCUGCAGGCUCUGAGGAUUGAGAGGUUUAUCGAGCAGACGCUGACAGCCAAAGAGCAAAAGCUUCAGGUAGGGGCAAACAGGGCAAGGGAACAUAUCCUGGCUCAGGUCAUCGCAGCGCGUGAAGCCCUGGAGGAAGAGGAGCAGCGUCUCCUGGAGGAGGUGCAGAAAGAGGAGGAGCGGGUGGAGCAGUGCCUCCUCACCCAGAGAGCCCACUGGAGCAAGGCUUUGGCAAAUCUGACGCAAACACGCUCCAGCCUGGUGCACACACUGACGCACACUUCGGACGCACAACUGGUGACGAGUGUCCAGGAGAUAGCUGAGAGGGUGGAGGCGGCGGAUGGGGUUGGGGAGCCCUGUGACACAGAGCAGCUCAACCUGAACUCAGCCUGCAGCGACAGCAAGUUGCUGAGAGGCCUGUGGGCCACUGCAGUGCUGCUGGGGCCAAACGCUUAUGGAUCAUUUUAUCUAAAGUUUGAUGAGCGAACAGUAAGUCCUCUCCUGUCCCUCUCUGAUGACUUCUACACUUUGACCUUCUCCAACAAAAAACAUCGCCAAUCGCUGCCCUACGACCCGGCACGCUUCGACUGCUGGCCCAACGCUCUGGGCUCUCUGUCCAUGUCCUCUGGUACCCACAGCUGGGUGGUGGAUGUUGGGGAAAGCGGCGCCUUCAAGGUGGGGGUCUGCUACACCUCUCUGGAGCGCAAAGGCUCAGGGAACGAGGCUCGGCUUGGGUACAACAGCCAGUCCUGGGUGCUGUCUCACUACGACGGGGACUAUUCCUUCUGCCAUGCGGGGAGGAAGGAGCCCCUGCAGGUGGUGAGGAGACCCCAGAGGAUUGGCCUGCUGCUGGACUGGCCCAGUGGGACACUGUUAUUUUACGAACCAGACUCCAGCGCUGUGCUGCACUCGGUAACACACCUUUUCAACGCCCCGCUGCUGCCCGCGUUUGCCGUGACAGACCGCAGUAUCACCAUUCUGCACUGACACCCAGCCAAAAGACUUAAUGACCUCAAACAUGUGAAGAUAUUCUCCAAUGUAAAUAUGAUCCUCCAUCUGUGCAGUUAGGAAAAGGUGUGAAUUUGUAUUUAUUUUAUUAUUAGAUGCUGAUUCUAUUUUGUACUGUUUUUAACAAUUUAAUAGAUUUUAAUUUCGAAAUAAUCAUAUCAUUUAACUUCAUAUGUAAAACUUAUUAUAAACUAGUCCUGUAACAGUAUUUUGUAUGACUGACAAACGAUGGCAGUGUUUUUUAGUUUUAAUGUUCUCUUGCCUCAGUUUGUGUAAUAUAGACUCUUCAUAGAAAGAAAAAAAAAAUGACACUGGUUGAUUCAGGACUGUUUAUAAUGUAACUCACAACAGAAAUAUUUUGUUAUGAUGUUACUACAUAUGCUCAGUAAACCAGUUAACAGCUGAAAAGCCCACAUUUGUUCUUUUAUGCAAGAGCAGAGUUUUAUUUUGGCAAAGUAAGUAUAGUCAAAUUGUAACAUCAGCGUACCUGAAUGGACUGGGCAGGAACACAAGAUAUGUCAAUAGAACUAAAAAAGAAAGUACUUAUAUGUUUAUUAUUACAAGUAUAAAUAUAAAUACCCCAAAGUGAAAAUGGAGUAAAUCUAUUAGAAGUCCUUGAUUGAAAAUGUUAUUCAAGUUAAGAUAUGUUGGCAUAAUCAGGAAAUAGACUUUAAAUAAUAAAAUAAGCAGAAAUGUG